UUAGUUUUAUUACGAAAUAUAGUAACGUUUUUGCGGCAGUUAAAUCUUCCAAGAUGUUGAGAGCGCAACGUAUUAUUAUCUUUACAUAAGUUAUAUUAUCCUACGAGUUUAUUUUCAGUGUAAUAGUAGACAAUUAGUGUGGAAAAUAAAGAAACAAAUUUAAUCGCAAUAGCCGUGAAGCCGACACUUUCUCCGAUUCUAGUCAUCCUGUUCUGCUUUUAGAUGUUAUUCGCACUGUUCUGCGUCCUGUUAAUUGGACAUCACGUACAAGCGGUAGUCAACAAGGCGACCUCGCAGGUACCGUUAACCAAGGAAGAGGAGAAAACCACCAAGGUUAAAGCCGAUGACAGAAUAAGUAAUACUUUCGGUUCUCCAUCUGACGAAUAUGGACCACCGUUGGGGUCUGGUUUCAAAGGACCCGCGCCGGUAUACGGGCCUCCGGAAUUAGUCGGCAAUCUUGGACCGACGCCUAUUUAUCCACCGCCGCCGCCAGAAUUGCCACCGCCUGCAUUUGGGCCAUUGGCCAUCUCCUACGGGCCGCCGCUAAGUGUCAAGCCUCAAUAUGGGCCGCCGAAGCCAAAUUUUGGCCUGGCAACGUCUUCCCUCUUUUCCAAGCCUAUUUACGGGCCGCCGAAACUUCAUUACGGGCUACCGAAACAACACUUUACGCCGCCGUUGGUUCCAUUUCCGUCGUUCAGAUCACCGAAACCUCAGUACGGUCCACCAUUGAAGCUCGUCGCUACAUCAAGUCAGCAAUAUAUACCGCCUAAGCCAGGUCACGGACCACCUAUUCCUAUAUCGCUGCAGACUUACGGUCCGCCACCUCCGAAAUUAGCUAUUCAGUUUAAUCCUCUGCCCAAUGACGAGUACGGUCCACCGCCGCCGCCCGUAUCUGCGCCGCAACCGCAAUACGGUCCACCAGCUGGUGAUUUAUACGGACCUCCACCGCCAGCGCCUCCGCCAGGAGUUCCAGCGCCACCCACACCGCCUGACAUAAAGUACGAUGGAUGGCAGCCCAUCGCGGCAUGGGCCACCGCCCCUAAUCAAAGUCCUCCGACAGAUACGUAUGGUCCUCCUCUCGUCGACGCGAAGCAUAAUUACGUCGAGAGUUCGUCGCAAUUGUCUCACGCUCAAUUGAGCGCCGAUUCGAAUGUGCCCAGCGAUUCUUACGGCGUGCCGUUGCAAAAUCCUGACGACCAAGACCUGAAGACGUCCGUGCACGAGUCCUCGGCUUCCUCGGAGAAUAAUGGAUUACCGCCGCCGCCGUUGCCGCAGAACGAACCUCUGCACAACAAUCAAGGUCCGGGCGCCGUAACUACGACUAGUCAAUCCGACCAUCAGUUCGGUCGACAGCAAUUGAACUUGCAGUACGGAGCACCAAACAUCGAGCCCUUGUCCAUCGUAAAGACAGUGGGCUUUGAACUGUUGCCUACAACUGGCGCCUUGAACGCGGAUAUCUCAGGCUUACCAUUGUCAGGUGGUGCCACUGACGUCUCAUCGUUAAAUCACAUUUCGAAUUCGGUCAAUGCCAAUUCCGCUCCGCAUCAUUCGGGAUUAGAGUUGACAUCUGACAAUGGCGGGUUCCACGCCGAUGCUCUAAGCAACGGCGGAGAUUCUCACGGAUUUCAAAAUGUAGAGAAUGACCUGUCCUUGGAGCUGCCGAAGCUGACGCCGGCGAGCGAUUACGGUCCGCCUUUGGCAACCGCUACUUUUGGAAACCCCGCCGAUCAUCUAUCAGGAGUGCCUCUACUUUCUCCUCCACCUUUUAAUUCUUAUGGCGCGCCACCUCUCUCCUCUUACUCGCCGAAUGGUCCUUACCCCGCGGCUCAUGGAGGACGUGGUCCGUUGUUUUCAUCAUUCGGAAUAUUUGGAGGCUCUUUCCACAGGCAAAACCUGCAUUCUCACCGACUUCAUGGUCCAUUCAGGCCACCGCCGUUUCCCAUCGGCUCUUUGAUACCACCGCGAAAUCGGGAGCCGAUUAAAUUCAGGGAACCAAUACCAACGGGACUGCUGUCGAAUAUUAAUCGAUAUUUGCCGCCGCCUGCAAAACAGCAGUUACCGAAUCUUCACGUGCCAGUAUCUUUCCGCCAUACAUCGGGAUCGAACAAUCUGUUUUCGGGCCCUGCCGGGUCGUUUAACGUACACAAUUCUCCAAUUGCCGCGCCUCACGUUCAAUAUGGCAUUCCAUUAUCGUUCAACGAUUUCAAUACGCCAACGCCGCACUUAACUUAUGGAGCACCUAACUUUGGCCCGCCGACUUCUUUCACCUUAACGCCCGGGUAUAACAAUAACCUGUACAGCGGCAUUGGUAAUACGCUGACAACGACAUACGGCACACCUGUGGUAAACGCGCCAUUAUCAAUCGGCGGCGGUUACGACUGCAAUUCCUUGCAGCCACUCUUGCCCGUGAACGGAGCGUUGCAUUCAAGUACGGGAUUGUCCGCAACCGGAGAACUACCUUUAAGCGGUAGUUUACCUUCAGGCGGAGAAUUGCAUUCCAGCGGAGAGCAACACUUGAGUGGAGGCUUAUCUUCAGGUGGUGAAGUGCCCUCGAGCGAGGGGCUAUCGUUAGGUGGUGGAUUACCCGCGCAUUCUAGUGGCAAGCUGCAACUCGGUUUUGGAAAUGCAGCAACUUCCGCGGGAAACGCGGACAUUCACAAUCCAGUUUUCACGGGAACCGAUUUGUCCGAUACCAACAAUCAAAAUUCCAUUUUUGCAGAUAACGCACUGCCGCUUACAAAACCGCUUGGCGAUUUUCUGGGAGGGCCCUCAUUGAAUACACUGGAUUUACAACAUAACGAACAACAGAAGAUCAAUUUGAAAGACAGCUACGGUAAUCCAGUAGGUCUCACUUAUGAUUCAUCCAACGAAGCGAGUGACACCAGGGCCGUUCACACAUCUGUCGCAGACGUUUCGAACGAGCUCUCCGGGCGUUUGCCUAGUCAGUCUAACAGCGUCUAUCCCGCGGCAGCGUUGUUCGAACAGGGCUCAGAAAUCUCGGCUGAAGCGCUCACCGCAAGUCUGACCGCGCAGAGCUUCGGCCAACAAAAGAGUAUAGGCUCGAGUGAAGUGGACGCUAGUCAAUUUUUGAAAUCGAGCGAGGGUAGCGAGGCAUUGGCUCUGGCUCAGAGACUGACCGCUGACAAUGCCGAUGGCUUUGAAAUUCAGGGUUCCAAGGGCACUUACAGACUGCAGAUACAACCAGCGGAUGGUGGGCUGGGCACCGAGAACUCGGAUGGUAGUAUCAGACACGACCAAGUGUUGUCCAAUGGUCUUCUUCAGGACAUACUGGCUGCUAUAGAGCAGCCGGAAAGUGGUCCUAUACAACUUCAAGGUCUACCUCAGGCUCAGCAAUUGGAUAAAGUUUUCGGUCCUGACGUGCCGCAGAGUACUAAUGGUCACUUUAUCACCGUAGACAGCCAAGCGCAGGAUAACGGAUUACAAGAUCGAGUCGAGAAAAUUAGCGAUAGCAACGAGGAUAAGGAUUAUUCGAAAAAUCAAUCGGUUGCUUUGUUCUUCAACACUAAAUUCGGAGAAUCGAGAAAAGAGAUUAGAUCAGUGUCGAAAAACGAGACGCUGGCCACGACGGGAAACGAGCAUAACAGCAAUAAAACAAUAUCCUCGUAAAUUAAUUCAUAAGUGCCUUUGUGAAAGUAAUUUAUAGUAUUCUUAAUAAUAGCUUCAAUCGCCCCAAUUCUCUUUGCAGAGAUUUGUCGAUUUCCAUUUCCAACGAGAGAGAAGAUACCGCUGCUAACGCGAUGCCGUUUACUUUCUUUGCUUGAUUAACGAAUAUGUCGGUAAAAUGUCAGCAUUUCGUGUCGCUCGCGACACAAUUUAAAAUGUUUCUUGUAUAUUGAAAUAAGGACGUGUAACGUUCUGGCGCUGCAAGUUCCAUGGUAUGUGGUUUUCUCAGAUGUACAAUGACAAGCACGAUCAUACGUUAAUACAUAGGAUUUCUAUUCCUAAAAAGGUUGCGAUAAAUAGAUACUUUGCAAGUUAAUGUUGAAACUUUCCUGUAACUCGUUUGAUUACUUAAUUUCUAAAAAUGAUUCGUGCCAAGAGAUUGCGUAAUUUUUGAUAGCAACACGCUGAGAAAACGUGAAAGCCCUAAAAAUACUUGAUCAAGUGAAAACCGAGAUUAGAAGGUAUGAAGUGCGCGGGCAUCAAACGAAAGUUUAUGCAAUCCUUUUUAUCUUAUUUUCACGCAAGCACUGCGAGUGAAAGUCAUAAUUAUUUGUUGGCCAGUAUCGAUAACGUCUUAUUAGACAAAUCGUCCGCUUGCUCAAGAAUUUCUCGCCUCUCACCAGGAUUACGGGAGCGAUUGUGGGAAGAGGCGCGGGUAUCAACGGCAU